ACAUGACAUGAAUUUGCAGACACUAAAAUGUUUCAUCAUCUCCAUCUAUCCCCUCUCUCUAAAUUAUCUUGUUUCUCUCUCUAGAACUUUGUUAUCAUCGUCAUAACCAAAACUCUCUGACGGAUUCUCCCACCAUUCACAUACAUUCAAUACUCAUUACCCAUUUCUGCAUUUUUCUUGUAUACAUAUCUUUCACACUUUCUUCAGAUUUGGGGGGGAAAUGGCAUCAUCUCUUGCAACAACACCCAAAAGCAAUGUCAAUUCAACUUGUUAUUCACCAGUUUUGAGACCCCAUUACUAUCUUUCUCACUCUAAUCUCUCUUUUCGUCUCUCUUCUCCUAACCCCAUCAUUCGCCUCCAAGCUAAGGGGUUUCAGUCAAGUUGGAAUCGUUCCACAUUGGUGAAAGCCCAGUUCAACGAGGUUGCCGAUGGAUCCACAAAUUCUGCAGUCACUUCUUCAUCAAAAGCAGAAUCACACGUAACAGAAGAUAAGGAUGUGAUCUCAUCAAGUGAGCCUAAUCCUGCUUCAGAAGAAUCGAUAUCUGAGUUUAUUGAUCAAGUUAAAAAUCUUGUCAAGCUUGUUGAUUCAAGAGAUAUUGUAGAACUACAACUGAAACAGCUUGGCUGUGAACUCACGAUCCGUAAAAAAGAGGCUUUGCCUCAGCCGCCUGCUCCUGCUCCUGCUCAAGUAAUGAUGCAUGCUCCUGCUCAACCACCAGCUUUCCAAGCAGCCUCACCACCACCAGCACCUUCUGGUCCAGCAGCGUCUUCUGGUACACCACCUGCAGCUGCUCCACCUGCACUAAAGCCGGCUAAAUCAUCUCAUCCACCUCUAAAAUGCCCCAUGUCCGGGACAUUCUAUAGAAGUCCAGCACCCGGAGAACCAGUAUUUGUGAAGGUUGGAGAUAAAGUACAAAAGGGACAGGUUUUGUGCAUCAUUGAGGCUAUGAAACUAAUGAAUGAAAUAGAGGCUGAUCAUUCUGGUACAUUAACCGAGAUCCUUGUAGAUGAUGGCAAGCCUGUUAGUGUCGAUAUGCCCCUGUUCGUGAUUGAACCAUAGGAAAUGAUUGAAAUAAGGUAGCGGCACUAGUGAAUUUGUUGGGAGUUGCCUUUCUUUUUCUAUUUUUUGUGAUUAGGGUGUUCUGCGCGAUAUUAGAGAUAAGAACUUAAGCAUUGAAAAUUCAAAAAAUCUAGAUAUCUGCUUGAGUUCUUUUGUUUUAGAGUUCAAUUUUCUAUGAUUAACAUACGAAACAUUUGUAUUUAUGCCAAGAAUAUUUGGAAACAGGUUAUAGUUUAAUGAGUUUAUUGCGUUUGCACCCCA